GAGAUAGGCAACACAGACAGACUCUCAGUCUCACACACUCACAGUCUUACACACUCACCGACGCCGAGAGACGAGCGAAGCGAGGCGAGGCGAGAGAGCAGGAAUCGACGAAGCUUGCAUUGGCUGCCGCGCUCCAUUUCCAUCCUUCGCCGCGCGGACGCUCACAUUCUGUCAUUCGAAUGAACUCUCUCUUUCUCCUCCUCAGCUUUUUCACUGCACCACCGGCUCUUCGUGUUGCGAAUAGCAGGGUUUAAGGAAAGACCUCUCGAGAAGAGAAGAGAGAGUGCGGGAGUUAGCUAGGGUUGGGAAUUUCUUGCUGCUUUUUCCGAUGGAGUCUUGAUGCAGAAGUUUUUGAGCUCAGGCUCGGCGCGGACGUCCGUUUUGGAAGCGCAUCUGUGAGAAGAUGGAGAAGUAGGAGGCAUACAUGAUGCUUUCUUAACAACUAUCAAAGUAAAAGGUGAUCGAGAGAUAGUAGUUUCACAAUGGCGGAAGAGAAACCCAAGGUGAAGUCAUUGAAACUGAAGAAGGAAUCGGGAGAUACUGGAAAGUCGGAUUUCUUGAAGUCCGCUCUGAAAAAGCCCUCUCCAGAAAUAACAGAUAGGAGAGAGAAGGGCACACCGGAUCGGAAAGACCAAGUAAAGAGUAGCAUAGGAAAAAAUCUAGUGAAGGUUGGGAAAGAAUUUGCCAAGGACAAUGGCAGAGAUCAGGAUGGAAAGAUGGCAAGCAAGGAUGUGAAGGCCUCAAUGAAGCAGGAGGACAGGGCGUCGAUGAAGACCGAACCGAAGUCUCCCGCCAAUGCGUCUAAUAAGGAGAAGAAAAUGAUGCCCAAGGAUGAAAAGAAUGAUAAUGGAAAAGCACAGGGGAAAAGCGUUGGCAAGGAUGCAGGGAAUUUGAAUGGGAAGGUACCAGUUAAAAAAGAGUUGGGUAAGGUGAAAGAAAAGAUCUCUGGAGAGACCAAGGAUCUAGAAAACGAGAAAGAGAAAGGGAGGAGCUCCAACGUGAAAACUCCCGUUAAAACACCAGUGAGAUCGGAAAGUGAAACCAAAGGGACACCAAAAUCUACCAAAGUAGUUGCAUCAUCAAGUAUAGUGAAGAAGAAGACUAUAACCACGACGGUGACGAGCACAAAGACUGUGACGGAGCAGAAGAAGGAAAAGAAAGUGUACGACUUGCCAGGACAGAAACAUGAUCCUCCUGAAGAGAGAGAUGCCCUAAGGAUCUUUUACUCGACCCUUCGAGAACAGAUCCCUGAAAGCGAGAUGGCUGAAAUCUGGUUGAUGGAGCAUGGAUUGCUUUCACACGCUGAGGCACAGAAGGCCUUUGAGCGCAAGCAGAAAAGAGGACAAUCUUCAAAGCACGGUACAAUAAGCAAGCCCUCAACUCCCUCACGAGUAUCUAAUGGAUCUUCUGGAGUAAAGAAAACUACUCCUGUUUCCAAUGGCAAAAGUAGAGAGGCUGGUUCAUCAAUGAAGGGCAAGAAAAAGAGGGACGAUUCUGAUAGUGACAACGAUGAUGACUUUCUCGUAAAAGUAGCAACUAAGAAAAAGUUGAAAACCUAGAGAACGGGAUGCUUUUUUAUCUCAACUUUUUUUCAUUUUUUCUCGGACGCAUUCUGAGCUACUGCUCCCGUUGUUUGGAUAUGAUUUGCUUUGUUUGCCGAGCAUGAAGCUCGACAGAUUAUUCCAGAAAUUUUCAUACUGGCGAGAAUUUUUAUGGGAGAAAUCAGCUCAUAGUGGCGAGUAUUUAGUCCGAAACAUGUAAUCCCAGAACCAUAAGCUCAGAGACCUUCCUGAAACGAAAUCAAGCACAUUGAUCCGCGAAGUUCUCUCGGAGAGCUAAGCUUGAGAGUUGUAAAUUGUACAUUAGUGGGUGAUACUCCUUGACAGCGCCUACUGUGCACGAAAAUUUGAUGACUGUAAAGUUCCUUCUUAGUAAGGAUAGUCAAUCACUUGGAACAAGGUCAUCAGUGAUGUGCAACUUCCAGGUGAACGAGGUCAAAAUAAGAAUCUGUAGAGUAUUUCAUUCUGUUCACAUUGAAGGAGCUUUCACAGGGAGCUGUGAUUUGAUAUUAGAGUUUGGAUUGACCUGAAAAUUGACAAGAUUGAGAAAGCGUGUGAUUUCUGUGGUUAAGCUGCAAAAGUUAGGUAGGUAGUGAGAUUUGAAAUUUUGCAGGUGUAGAAUCUUAGAUUGAAGGUUGAUUUGAUGAAGAAUGCUACAAGAUUUGAAAUGUUCGUAUCUCAAUUUUCCAAACGGCUAUGUCAUUUCAGAUUGCAACAAAUUAUCAAAUUAACAGAUUGCAACAAA